ACCAUCCAAGUUGUAACAAUCACUGGCGCAGCCCAGGGCAUUGGAUGCGCUAUUACACUGCAGCUCGCAGAGGACGGACUGGACAUUGCCAUCGCUGACUUGAAAUCACAGUGCAUGAAUCUUGACGGCAUUGCAGAUGAGGUAAGGGCAAAAGGGAGGCGGUGUCUCGUUUUGGAGUGUGAUAUUUCACAAGAGGAGGAGGUCCAGCGCAUGGUGCAGGCUACAGAGCAAGAGUUCAACAGUUUGGACGUUAUGGUAGUGAAUGCCGGACAAAUCGUUGUUAAGCCUGUGGUUGACUCUACCCUCGUCGAUUUUGAUGAGGUCUUCAACACCAAUGUGCGUGGGACGUUUCUCUGCUUGCGUGCUGCAGUGCAAAGUAUGAUCAAGCAGGGGCAUGGCAGGAGGAUCAUCAGUGCAUUGUCGGUAUUAGGAAAGAAAGCCA